GACUUCGUUUUUAUUGAAUUGAAUGGGUUUAAAAUAUUUUUUAUGUACAUAAUGAACGCAUCUCUGAGGGAUGAUAUUAACAUAUCUGGUUAACAAAAUUCCUUUGGUCCGAAAUUUUAACUGUGAAUUACAGCCAACUUCAAGUCAUUAAUUUAAGUUCAAUUUCAGUUUAACCAAACGAAUUUGGAAUAUCUCUUUAUUCAUUGAAUUUCUUGUGAUUAUUGUUUUCGUUGAAGUUUUUUUACAGAAAGUAAAUACGACUUACAUAAUAGUGGUACAUUCGUAUCGAACAAAUGCUCGAAAUGGAAGCAUUUCGUAAGCUUCAACCUGACAGAAAAAACGACGCGGAUAGUUCUCAGGAACAAAUCGAAUUAAACUCCAGCGUUGAGAUGCAUUCACCUUCUCCCGUUUGUCUUAUUCAACCUCGGAAACUACGUUUUGCAUCACCACAGAUCGAUGAGGAAGCACAGAAACGGUCAAGUCCGGUACAGACGCGAUCGUCAGCAAUUGCAUCUGUUUCGCCUCCUUACCGCAAGGUACGAGCAUUGAGACUUUUCGACACCCCCGCCACACCGAAAACCAUUCUGCAAAAAUCACGAAACCAUCUGUCUGCAGCGGUUGCGGCAGACGUUGCUCGAAAAAGCGAAAUAGAGGAACGACCAAGAUCGCUGCCAUUGCAUAGUCGAGUUUUAGAUAAUUUUCAACAGACCGCAAAUGUGAAUCCUUUUACCCCUGACAGUUUUCUGGCUCGAAAUAAAAAGCGAUGCCGAACUCAAUUUGGAAGAGACAAUUUGAGCAAUCAAUCACUACAGAUAUUUUUAAACACGGAGGCAGAUAAUAUAGCUGAUGGAGAAGAAGAUGGCAAUGUGGAAAUACUUCAAGCUCCAAAAAGACUAGCUUUGCAAGAUACAAACAUUAGCCGUUAUCAAAAGGAAUUUUUAGAAAUAUCCCUAAUUGGAAUUGGAGAGUUCGGUUUAGUUUAUCAGUGUCUUAAUCGAUUGGAUGGUUGUAUAUAUGCCAUUAAGAAAAGUAUAAAGCCAGUGGCAGGUAGUUUUUUCGAAAAACGGGCUUUGAACGAAGUAUGGGCACAUGCGGUAUUAGGAAAACAUGACAACGUUGUUCGCUAUUACUCUGCGUGGGCGGAAGAUAAUCAUAUGCUCAUACAGAAUGAAUAUUGCAACGGCGGCAGUUUACAAUCGCUUAUACAAAAACGUUUUCUCGUUGAAUCUGAAUUGAAAAUUUUAUUACUUCAUGUGGCAGAAGGUCUUCGAUAUAUACAUUCAAAUGAUCUGGUGCAUAUGGACUUAAAAUCGGGCAAUAUUUUUCUUACGAAAAUGCCGUCGCUACAUAAGUCCAGUUCAACACCGUUGACACCGUACUAUGAAGAUGGUAUGGAUGGUAUAUAUGAAGAGCUUAGUAACACAGAAUGUAUUACAACAUAUAAAAUUGGUGAUCUUGGACAUGUGACCUCAGUAAAAGAGCCACACGUUGAAGAAGGCGAUUGCCGUUAUUUACCAUUUGAAAUACUACAGGAAGAUUUUAGUAAUUUGUUCAAAGCAGAUAUAUUUUCACUUGGUAUGACAUUGUUUGAAGCAGCCGGUGGGGGACCAUUACCGAAAAAUGGACCUGAAUGGCAGAAUUUGCGUAGCGGCGAAUUUCCAAAUAUAUCAACAUUAAGUCCAGAAUUUAAUGAACUCAUCAAACUUAUGACACAUCCUGAUCCGGAAAAGCGCCCUUCAUCAACAUCUAUUUUUAAUCAUCCUAUAUUGAGUUCAUUGGAAUCAAAAACUAAAUCGCAACUUAAUCAAGAGUUGACUAUUGAAAAACGAAAGAAUGAAAUAUUACUACGCAAGUUACGCGAAGCCAAAAAACUGCUCAAACAGUAUGAACAAAAUGGAGCAAAUCAAACGCCAACAGCUUCUAUGGAACAGCGUUGUUUACGCUCAUAUUCGCGCAAAAAACGCACAUGCCACAGUUCUAAAUUGGAUGGUCUGCGCGAUCGUAACAAAAAUGUUAUUAACAAAUUAAAUUAUAGAAUUGAGUAAAUGCUGUCAAUAGUAUUAAUUGCGGAAGUUAUACAAACGAAUUUUACCCAUUGUCCUUAUUUUAUUUUUAUUUUUUAACUAUAAACAGACUGUAAAUAAGAAAAUAUAUAAUAUAUAUGUAUGUACGCCAAAUGUACGGAUAUAGCUUUAUUUCUCAAUUUUUGUAUCACUAACGGUGACAUUACUGGUUUAUGAAAAUACUAACUGGUUGUUACUAAACAAACAUGUCUACCUGAAGGCAAUCAAAAUAUUAUUUGAUUUGUAUUAAAGCAAAUAGAAUUAUUAGAGUACGCAUACAACAGAAGACAACUAAUUAGAUUCUUACUACAAAAGGAAUUACUUACGAUAUACAUACAAUGUGUGUGGACAUGUGUAAGAAUUAUGUGGAAAAAUACAAAUACAUUUGUAAAAUUUUUGUAUCUUGGUGGUUAUUUGAAUUAAAAAGAUGUACAAUCAUUAUAUUUGUUUCAAUGUUUAUCAUACCAUUUAAUAUGUUUAUUUAUAUUUGUAAGUUUUAAUUAGACUUUUUUACUUUUUAUUUUUGAUGUAAAAUAAAAAAAUAUAACGUGAAUAUUUCAACAUUUGAAACAUCUA